CCAGUAUCGAGUAUUAACAUCAACAUCGAAAAACUAGCAACACACAGGAGCACGGCAGCGCCAUCCCAUCGUCUCCUCCUCCACCCUCUCGCGUUCUUCUUGUUCUUAUAUAAUCAGCAAACCCUUCCCGAAUAGGCUCGACUCCCCGCCGUCCUCUCCCGUCCACGUCCGAUGCUCUCUACGGUGGGCAACAAUGCUGUGCGCCGCAACUUCGGCCUGGGCCAAGCGCCAUGUUUAUCGUCCAUAAUCACAACCGCUACCUUCUUAUCGGCUACCCGCGCACAAUGGCACGCACGAAGGGCAUACCAGACAACAAAGGCCCUCGAAGCCAAGAAGUCUGCCGCCGGCCAGAUGAUGUUCGAAGCCAUGGGAAUCCUCCAGUCAGUCGGAGUCGCAGACCCAGCAGCACAAGCGAAACCCAAGAGGACGAGGACGCGCAAAGCAAAGGCGGCUGAGGAGGAUGUUGGCGGUGCAAAAGAGGUCGUUGAGACCCAAGAAGAACCCGAAAAACCGAAACGAGGUCGGCCCAAGAAGGUUGCUGAUAGUACCAAGGAUGGAGAAGAAGUGGGAGUUGAAAACGGAGAGGAAUCCAAGAAAAAGGGGGUAAAGCGGCCACGCAAGAACAAGCCCGAAACCGAUGAUACCGAGGAUGGGGAGGUAGCCGCGAAGUACAAAACCGUAAAAAAACGAGCAGCUACAGGGACAGCAGUGAAGAAGAUGCCAUUAAAACCAGCCAAGAUAACGAGAAGCGAUGAACAAAGCAUGCUGCGACCUUGUGUUGACCCCAUGCAAGAGCAACUAUACGACACAGAGCUUUGGGGCUGGCUCGAUUAUGGGCGCAACUCGGCGAAGGGACUGGCGCCUCCACACCUUAGGAAAUGCGACAGAACCCGAGUCAACGUCACCAGCGAGGAGAUGGUCGACGAUAUCCUCGAAUACAUGAAGCCCACCUUGACGCGCCAUGAGGGCUGCGACAUCAUCGAUUUAAACCCCGGAGCUGGCGUCUGGAGCACCAAGCUGAACGACCUGCUCAAGCCUCGCACGCACCUGCUGCUCGAACCGGACGCGAACUUCUACAAACCCAUGCUUGAACCGCUGCUUGACCGAGAGGGUACCAAACUGGUGGCCAAGGACGGCGUCGUCUGGGCGGAGCUGUUGUCGGUGCUCACACCCGAGUACCUGCCGCACCAGAAAGAGCACCAUUACUCCGCCGACGACGUACCCGAGCGCAACGACACCCUCCUGGUCACCGCCAACCUCGGCUCCUACCCCAAGAGGAGAUACUCGAACUUCCCGAGCGCCACCGCCAUGAUCCUAUACCAGUUCAACCACGCCAUCCGCAGCGGCGCCCUCUUCCAGAAAUACGGUCUGGUCCGCAUGCUCCUCUGGCUCGACGACGAAGACAAGGCCGCCAUUCUCCCCCGCAUGGCUCAGCGCCGCCGGCGCGUCGCCGUCGACGCCGAACUCAACUGCGAAUCCAUCACCCACGUAGCGGGUCCCGAUUACUCCGACGUCGACCCCUCGAAGCGUCUCUGGUUCCACCGCGACCCGAACAUCGACCGCAGCAGCGCCUUGACGGCCUUGCAGCGCAUGCGAGACGCCGGGAUCCAAACCCCUCCCGGUCGCGAGACCAAGCUCCUCCGCGAAAUCUCCCAAAACCCCGACGACGUAGUCGCCGCCGGCGAGACGCCCCUCAUCUACGACUUCCGUCACCAGGAAGCGUUCGAAAAGCUCGAGAGGGACUUCGAAGACGGCAAGAUCGAGAUCGGCUCGAAGGAACACAAGUCCAUGGUCCGCAUGCGCGUCCAAAUCGGCUCCGCAAACAAGCGCUUCAGCAAUAUCCACACCAACAUGGCGGAAUUCCUCCGGCUCAUGGACGACUAUCGGCUUGCCAAAGCCAACCAAGCAGACGAAAAAGCCCUCAAAACCAUCAUGGACCGCUACAAGGAAUGGGAAAAGACCUUUAUCGCCCUGGGCUCGACCGCCUGCGGCGACUGGUUCGUCCAGCGCGAUAACCUGCACCUGUGGAACCAGAAGAGCAUGCACUGGGACCGAAGGGCCAUCGAGCCCUUGGUCAUCAGCAAGGACGAGUUUUUCCCGCACGUGCCGCUUUCCUUGCUCGACAUCCAGCCCAAAGCCGCGCACAGGGUUUUGCGCUCCAUGGGCCCCAACUCGGAUCGGAGCGGCGACAUGGCGGACUUGUUGAUGCGCAGCCUCAUGAUCUAUACCAACUCGCCGAUGAGAACCGUGUUUGAUCGUCUGGCGCCAGGAGCGAGCGAGUCGGUGUAUCCCAAGUGUCACAGCCUUGUUGAUCCGGAACAGGGCGGUGUGCCGUUCCCCGGAGCGGCGGAGAUCACGGUGAGGGGCAUGUCGGCGCGGCAGUAUGAGGAUGUGUUGGAGCAGUGGAUGAAGUGGCCGUUUAGACCGCGGUUGGAGGAUUUGAUCAGCCAGUUGUCGGAUGAGUAUAAGGAUGCCGAGGGGGAGGAUGGGGGCAAGUUUGGGGGUGUUAGUCCGGAGUUUUAGAGAGAUCGGGGCUGGGGCCUACUAUAACUCUGGAAGCUUGGGAGAAGUGAGGAGAUGUGGGACGGGACGUGAGAGCUUGUGCAGUGUUGUGAGAAGGAACAGAAGAAAGAAUAGCGGGCGGCUGCUUUCAUGCUAUGCUGGCUUUACACUACCUAUACAUAGGAAGCCCAACCAGGCAGGGCCAGCUACUUGUACCUAGAUGACAAACAUUUAUAUAGACACUUGGGCGCCCAGGCGACUAGACUACAGGAAGACCAUGUUGCUGUACGAUAGAGAUGAGAAAAAGAUGGUAUUCGGUGU